UUAUCUGUUGAGGGGUUGGCCAAAAGGUUUUAGAUGCUUCGUCUUCAAGGCAUUUCCAUCUACUGAUAGAGAUGGAAAAGCCGGCAGUCACUGAAAAGACUUGAAGUUCCUUCCUCUUUUUUAUGUCUUAAGAACAGGAAAUGAAGAAAUGAAGAGGAUCCUCAGCGUGGGGCCCUGAAUCGUGAUGUACUCUACUCUGGCAACAGAACAAAUUUACUGAAGUAAUGACAGGACCCAGGGAGAACAAUGCUUUAUUUGGGAUGGAUAUUUCUUUGGCUUGUUGCAGGAGAGAGAAUUCAAGGAUUUAAUACUUCAGAUUGCUUCACCAAAAAACUUCUUUGGACAUAUUCUGAGAGAAGUGAGGAAUUUGUCUUAUUUUGUGAUUUAGCAGAGCCAGAGAAAUCCCAUUUCUACGACAGAAAUCAACACUCACCAACCCAAGGUCCUGAACACCUGCCCUGCAGUGGUAGUAAGGACCCAUCUGACGUUCAGUGGUACCUACAACCUCAAAAUGGAGAUGCAUUAAGGGAGAUUACUCAAAACUAUUCUCACAUCAUUCUGGACCAGAGCACCCUACAUUUUUUGACCGUGGAGAUGAACAGUGCUGGGUCGUAUAUUUGUAGACCCAGGAUUAGGAGGCCCCAGGAUGAGGCCUGUUGCAUUAAGAUGGUCUUAGAAGUUAAGCCCAAGACAAACACAUCCCAUGUGUGCCCACAUAAGAAAUACCUUCUUCUUGGUAGCCUUGGCGAUAUUUAUUGCCCCAGUCUCGACUGCCAAAGUGACGUACAGAGCCCAGAGGUGACCUGGUACCAGAAUGGAAGACUACUCUCUGAAGAAAGGAGCAACCGAAUGCAACUGGGUGAAAUCUAUGACUUUCACCAGGGCACGUACGUCUGUGAUUAUACUCAGUCGGAUAAUUCAAGUUCAUGGACAGUCAGAGCUGUUGUUAAAGUGAGAACCAUUGUGAAAGAUACUCGUCUCAAACCAGACAUUCUGGAACCCAUCGUGGACACACUGGAAGUAGAACUGGGAAAGCCUUUCACUCUUCACUGCACAGCACGAUUUGGCUUCCAAAAGGACUUUAAACCUGUGUUAAGAUGGUACAGCAAAGAUUCUAACCAGCAGUUGGAAAUCCUAACCUCGGAGGGGAGGAGUGUUCAAUCCACCUUCGAAGAUGAAAUCAUCGAGCAUGUUGUCCUCUUAAAAGAAGUCACUCAGAGAGACCUCCGCAAGACGUUCAUUUGCUUCGCCCAAAACUCCAUCGGGAACACGACCCAGUCCAUCCAACUGAAAGAAAAGAAAGGAGUGGUGUUCCUGUACAUCCUACUUGGCACCGUCACGACCCUGGCAGGAAUGCUCAUGGCAGGUGCUCUGCUCUACAUAUACUGGAUUGAAAUAGUGCUGCUGUACCGAACCUACCAGAGGAAGGAUGAGACGCUUGGGGAUAAAAAGGAAUUCGACGCCUUCAUCUCAUAUGCAAAAUGGAGCUCUUUUGAGAGUGAGGUUGGUUCAUCUAUGAGUGAGGAAACCUUAGCCCUGAAUCUAUUUCCUGAAGUUUUGGAAAACAAAUAUGGAUACACCUUGUGUUUGCUUGAAAGAGAUAUGGCCCCAGGAGGAGUGUAUGCAGAAGACAUUGUGAGCAUUAUUAAGAAAAGUAGAAGAGGAAUAUUUAUCUUGAGCCCCAACUAUGUCAACGGACCUAGCGUCUUUGAACUACAAGCAGCAGUGAAUCUUACCCUGAAUGAUCAAACAUUGAAACUCAUUUUAAUUAAGUUCUGUCCCUUCCAAGAGCCAGAGUCUCUAUCUCAUCUUGUGAAAAAGGCUCUCCGGGUUUUGCCCACCAUCACUUGGAGAGGCUUAAAAUCAGUGCCUUCCAAUUCCAGGUUCUGGACUCAAAUGCGCUAUCACAUGCCUGUGAAAAACUCUAAAGGAUUCACGUGGAGCCAUCUCAGAAUUAUACCAAGAAUUUUUCACUGGAAAGGACUCUGUAAAACAGAAACCACUGGGAGGAGCUCCCAGCUCAGGGAAUGGUGAAAUGAGCCCUGAACCACCUCCCCUCCAGUCCCUCGUGAGUAGGGAGGGUGAUGGACAAAGCACACAGCAUGGAUCGGGCUAAUAUAAAAUGGAGGGUGUCCUGCCAGGUCUGAGCAAGCUUGACAGGCACUGGCAUGACACUGAAGCUGUGGUUAGAGUCUCUAAUUUCUUGGACUGGACAGAGGGAGAGUGAAUUCUCCAGAUACUAGCACACAUUCAGCACAUAGGACCCCUAAGAUUUUCCUAGUUGUCUGAGCAGAAGCAGUAGAUCUGGCCAUUUUUGUGUCUAUGGACUGUUAUGUCUACUAGGUAUUAUAUAUGUAUAUUAUAUAUAUAUAUAUAUACACACACACACA